UGUCUUCCCUCUGCGUCGCCUAACACUCGCCUACCCUCGUCAUGGAUAUUGGAGGACUGACCACCGUGGUUGCGAAUUCUGCCUACAUCAAUGCCCGCGGAAGCAUCGACGGCUCGAAUCCCGCGGCGGCUCGGGACAAGAAGUACCAUUCUCGCCUCAAACUGCCCCACAUCACAGUGUGCGAGGGCCUGAGGGACACCUUAGACCUGGCCUUCGACACCGUGUGUGUGGAGCAGCCCAUUGGAAAACGCCUCUUUCGGGAAUUCCUGGAUGCCAAUAAAGAGUACCAUGGGGCGUGCCGCUUGUGGAAGGACAUGGAGGACUACGACCUGGCAGAGGACUCGGACCGGGCCAAGAAGGCUUCCAAGAUCGUUCAGCGGUACAUGGACCCCUCUGCCAAACACUACUGCCCGUUCCUGUCCGAGGACAUCAUGGCGAAGGUGAAGGAGGGUCUGGAGGCCGUCGGGGACGAUUUGUUCACGGCAGCCAUGACCACGACAUUGGACUAUCUGCGAGAAGCGCCCUUCACCUUCUUCCUGGAGAGCAUGUACCUGAAGAGGUUCCUGCAGUGGAAGUGGCUGGAAAUGCAGCCCAUGGACGACGACUGGUUCUUGGACUUCCGUGUGCUGGGCAAAGGCGGCUUUGGAGAGGUGUCUGCCUGCCAGAUGAAAGCCACGGGAAAACUGUACGCCUGUAAGAAGCUCAACAAGAAGAGGCUGAAGAAGAGGAAAGGCUAUGAGGGGGCGAUUGUGGAGAAACGCAUUCUUGCGAGGGUUAACAGUCGCUUCAUUGUGUCGCUGGCGUACGCCUUCCAGACAAAGGAGGAGCUCUGUCUGGUGAUGACCAUCAUGAACGGAGGAGACCUCAAGUACCACAUUUACCUGGUGGAUGAGACUAACCCUGGCUUCGAGGAGCCCAGAGCCUGCUUCUACAUCGCUCAGAUCAUCCAGGGUCUGGAGCAUCUCCACCAGAAGAGGAUCAUCUACAGAGAUCUCAAACCGGAGAACGUGCUGCUCGAUAAUGACGGAAAUGUGAGGAUAUCUGACCUGGGUCUUGCUGUAGAGCUAAAAGAGGGUAAAACGAUGACCAAGGGAUACGCCGGGACGCCAGGCUACAUGGCUCCCGAGAUGCUGAAAGGAGAAAAGUACGACACCUCGGUGGACUACUUCACCCUGGGUGUGACUUUGUACGAGUUCAUGGCUGCUAAGAAUCCCUUCAGGAACCGAGGAGAGAAGGUGGAACGUGAGGAGAUGAAGGAGCGCAUGCUGACUCGAGUGGUGACCUACGACGAGAAGUUCAGCGAGCACGCCAAGUCGCUGUGUGACGGGCUGCUGGCCAAGGAGGUGGAUCAGAGGAUGGGCUUUAAGAACGGCUGCUGCGACGACCUGCGGGCGCAUCCAUUCUUCAGUGGGAUUAACUGGAGGAAGCUGAAUGCAGGAAUCCUCCCUCCUCCGUUCGUCCCCGACCCUAAAGUGGUGUACGCCAAGAGUCUGGACGACGUCGGGGCCUUCUCCUCGGUGAAGGGAGUGACCUUAGAGGACCCGGAUAAGACGUUUUUUGACGAGUUUGCCUCGGGCAACAUCUCCAUCCCCUGGCAAGAGGAGAUGAUCGACAUGGGCAUUUACGGAGAGCUGAACGUCUGGGGCCCCGAAGGCACCAUCCCCAACGACCUCCGCAGGGAGUCCAUAUUAGAGCAGCCGAAGUCGUCAACAUGCUGCACGUCGUAGACUCUCUGAAAACU